CCACAUUAUAUUAUUCCAUUUCAAACCUUCUCCCGAAAUCAUGUCGAAACCAGCUCAUAUUUUAAUUAUUUUUGCAUUCUUGCCCUUCUUCACAUUUUCGCAAUCAUCACUCCUUCCGAAACCUACGACUGAAACUUUUUACAAAUAUAUUUUAGCAAAUUCGCUGAAAUAUAAUGAUCCUUGCACCUGGGAGAAUGAACAGUUCCGUCAAGAAGGUUCGAAAGAAUUGAAGAAAUACCCGAAAGACAGUACACAACAAGACCAAGUAUUUUACAAAAUUGUAACAAGCUCAGUCAAUGGAGGGAGGACCUUUUGUAAUGCUGCGGACAUGUUAAUGUGCAGUAAGAGUGCUGGCAAAUGCGUCUGCGGAGAACCUUCAGCGCAAAUCAGCCUCGGAGACAGGUACAAGUCUUCUAGUUAUGACAUGGAGCAGGAUCCCACGACACAUAAAUCGAUCUGUCGGUGGGCUCGUGGUGCAGCCUGCUCACCUCCUCCAACGACGCCACAGUCGUCAAGCUUGGCCACGCAGGUGGCACAAUGCGCCAAAGGAUCGGAGUGCGUCUCCACCACGGACGGAACCACGUGCACGGGGACAACGGUAUCGAAAUUUUUAACAGCCUCCAUAAUGAGGCAAGAAACAUUUGAUACCUUCAUGGAUGGCAUGCUCAUGGGCAAAACGUGCGUCUGCUCGGAUGGGAAGAAAUCUGCGAAGAGGACGAAACGCAGCAGUUUGGAAAUACAUGAAGAAGACGCGAGAAGAAUUUCAGCUUUGUUGUAAACGGUUUUAAGUUAACAAGAUUACUAAAAAAAAAAAAAUAAUAAUAAUAAUAAUAAUAAUAAUAUAUA